AUGAAUUAUUCCGGUGGUGACUUCGGCACGAUCACCGCCGAGGUUCGCCCUCCUCUUGACAACGACGUGCGCUGGAAGAUUGCACACACUGGAAACGGUACUUGCACCAUCAACAACGUCAAUGGCAAGACAAAACAGCAGCUCAACGUUCGUGGUGAAGGCAAGGCCAGCGGAACAGAGGUGAUCUCAUACGCCAUCAAGGAGGCUGCGAACACUCAGCUUAUUCUCAAGGCUGUUGUUGCAUAG